ACAGUGCACAAUAACUAUACAUAUACACAAGACUAAGUACAUAAAGAACACGUGUAAGCCGAUAGACAUGGGACAGCUGUCGUUACCAGAUACUCCGUGUUCCCCUUUUUAACACCUUAUAAAAACAACAAAUCUUCCUCUCUUUCUCUAUAACUAAAAACACUUUAAAAUCCAAAAAAGAAAGAAAGAGAAAUUAACACCUUAUCCAAAAUCAAGACUCUGUUUUCGUUUUACUCGAUGGAUCCAUUUUACACUUCUUUCUCAGACUCGUUCCUCUCGAUCCCUGACCACAGAUCUCCAGUUUCCGACAGUAGUGAGUGUUCUCCGAAGCUAGCUUCGAGCUGUCCGAAGAAACGAGCAGGGAGGAAGAAGUUUCGUGAGACACGUCAUCCGAUUUACAGAGGAGUUCGUCAGAGAAACUCAGGGAAAUGGGUUUGUGAAGUUAGGGAGCCUAACAAGAAGUCGAGGAUUUGGUUAGGGACUUUUCCGACCGUCGAAAUGGCCGCUCGUGCUCACGACGUCGCCGCUUUAGCCCUUCGUGGCCGCUCCGCUUGUCUUAAUUUCGCCGACUCGGCGUGGCGUCUCCGGAUUCCUGAGUCUACUUGUCCUAAAGAAAUUCAGAGAGCUGCGGCUGAAGCUGCAAUGGCGUUUCAGAACGAGACGGCUACGACUGAGACGACUAUGGUUGAGGCAGUGAAACCGGCGGAGGAGACGGUUGGGCAAACGGGUGGGGAGACCACGGAAGAGAACGGUGUGUUUUAUAUGGAUGAAGAAGCGGGUUUUGGGAUGCCAAGGUUUCUUGAGAAUAUGGCGGAGGAGAUGCUCUUGCCGCCGCCGGAACUUGGAUGGAAUCAUAACGACUUGACCGGAGAUGCUGACGUGUCACUCUGGAGUUUUUAGAAUUUGAAUAUUCUUUUGUUUUUUUCAAUUUUGUAAGAUUUUCUGAAUUUCUAGGAUUGGUCAAAAGUUCAACUACCUAUUUUUUAUUGGUAGACUAGUAGUACGAUACGGAUAGAGAAUGGAGAUAUACGAGUCUAAUAAAUACUAUAUUAUUAUUCUUUCUAACACAA